AGUAGAAGAGUCAGUAUACUCAACAAUAUCCGACAGCCAGCCGUACAUUACGGACUCGCCAGUGCAAAGAAGGAGCUGUCUGGAAGCACUUUUUUUGUAUCGAAUUCCAAAGUGGCAGCCCAUCUGACCGAUGCAGCAGUCGUGACUCACUCUGACUCUGCCUGGUCCUCGACAGCUACAAAGCGUCUUGCUGCUGUCAAUCGCUAUCAUCACACAAGGUAGAGCAGCUGAAGAUGUUUGCCUUCAGAGUGCUCCAAGUCUAUCAGCUGCUUGCCCUCGUUCUGAUACUGGAGUCAUGGUAUUGGCGCAUAGGGCCUAUGGCAAGCUACAAGCUCACCCUCCUCAUGAGCAUUCCGACAUACUCCCUAGUCCAUGUCUUCACAGCCAAAAAUAUGGAUGAUCUUGGUUUCUUACACCGCCACGUUCUACCCAACAUCUGGCUAAGUAUCGUUGCGGACAAGAAGUUCGCCUUUGCCGAAUAUCGCGUCCGCGAGGUUUUCAACUGGAUGCCAGCUGCCGAUAACAUUGGAUAUGAUUGGUUUAACAUGAGCUUUGAGAAGACGGUUGAUGGUGAUAUCAGCGUGAGGCUUACAAACAUCUCUCGUCCACUAGCCAUGGCGAUCUUGGGCACCGAUCAUACGUCCACGUCUUGGCAAGAUGUCGAAGCAUUCCCGUGUUCUGAUCAACCCUGUCUAUUCAGCUCAUUCGACGGUCAGAAAUUAUAUUGGCAAACGGUGGAUAUAUUCUGCACUGGUACAAGAUACAAAGAGUUGGCAAGGAAGCUCCUACCAUACCUGCCUACCCAGCAGCGCGUUGAGAGCGUUGCCCGCUGGCUUUUCAAGGACGGAACUGCACUAGGACACGCGGCCAAGCUUUCUCUGCUCCACUUGACACUAGGGAAUCUGGAUUGGUGGACACAAUUGCUGGACAUCUUAGCAGGUCGAGUUGACUCGCUAUGAAGAAUGAUCCUGGAUAGCGACUGGCUGUUUACAAUUCGUUUGCGCGGUGACCUUUACCUUGAGGUUUGUUUUAGCUUGUGCCGCUCGUCUCGGCAUUUCAUAGAGCCUUAGUCUUCUUUACAUGGUCCGACGAGCGAUUCGCCAAUUCCCCUGAGCGCAGUUGUGUCAAGGUCCCAU